AGUAUAUCUGCCCAGCUAUAAUUGACAGAAAUGUACUGAGCACUUGCCAAAUCGAAGGUUAAUAUUAAACAGUGCCACCAAGAGUUAAAUUGUGCACAGUACAUAGUUUUUUCUUUAUGACCUAACAACUGUUCCUUUCUCUGACGAGCUGAAAACAUUAAAGAUGUUUUCAGAUUAGGACAUGUAUCAAAGCUUUGAACAUCACUUCCUCUCUCCCUCCAGGCUUUUCCAAAAGAUAAAAUCCAGAGCGCACUAAAAUCUGUCUUUGACUUGAAUGUAAUGAGCUUCGCUGGGGGCCAGAUGGGGGCAGUUAAUGGCAUGCGCCCUGAAGGAGUGCCUGACCGGUCCAGUGUCCAGUCAGAUGAGGUCUGGAUUGGAGUAGUGUAUGGACUGGCAGCCACUAUGAUUCAUGAGGGUAUGCAGGAGGAGGGUAUGCGCACGGCAGAGGGUUGCUACCGGACUGUGUGGGAGAGGCUGGGCAUGGCCUUCCAGACUCCUGAAGCCUACUGUGAGAAGGGAAUCUACCGCUCUCUGGCGUACAUGAGGCCGCUGAGCGUCUGGGCCAUGCAGCUAGCCCUGAACACUUCACAGAAGGAUCAGAUCACAUCGGCACAAACUGGAACCACAGAUGGAGAACAAGGACAUGAUCUGAGAGAAAAUCAGAGCUAGGACUUGAGCCAUCAGACGGGUGUGAUUUAGGUACAGUGGGUUCCUCCAAAGAUGACCUUCAAACUCUCCUGCAGCCACCACCCUCAUAUGUAGGGCUCCAUUUGAUCGGUCACAGUCCUUGAAUUUGAUUACCUACCGUUUGUUCUGCCGUUAAUUAUUUAUGGUUGACAAAGUCAGUAGCCACUGUAGAUCAUGGUAUUGUUGGGCGAGAGGUUCUUCAAGAGACUGGAAAUGGUUCCUGAUUCUUAGAAGUUGUGCAGUGUUGGGUUGGUAGCCAGGCAAUGUCAAGAUCAUAUCAAAAACUGACCUUUUGUUUCAGCAACAUAUUGUCUAUUUGCACACAUAUACAGACACAUGCGAGCACUACAUUUUACAGUCGUCAAAAAUAAUGUUUGCAUAUUUGGAAAAAGUUUAUAUGCUAUUUGAGGACUGUGUGAUGUAUGUAUUGUCUGCAACAGUUGAGAUUUGAACAAUUUCUUUAUCAGAAAUAUAAAAAAAACAUUAAAGAUUUUCUUUUUCCGCUUAAUAAAUUUGAAUUCUGUAUUAACUAUGUAAUAUGCGAUCAGUAGUGUCGGAAAUUAAGUCUUAAAAAAUUACAUACAGUAUAUAUAUGUUUUCUUUUUUAAAAAUAGCAUUUGGUGCCUUGUUGCAUGUUGGCCAGAUCUACAGUACAUUAAUGUAGUGGCAACCGUGUUUUAAAAUCCAAUACACAUGACAAUCUUGCUGAAUAAAUGAUUAAGAUAAAAAAGCUGGUUUGUUGUGUUGUUAAUUAAAUAUCAGUAAUUAAGUACAAACAAGUGAUGUCUGACCUACUCAGAGACAAAGACAUUAAUGUUUUACUGUUGUAAUGAAAUUCAAUUAAGGCUUUUACAGUCUACGAGGACAUAAGAGGUCAUUGAAGUUAAAGUUACACUUAUCAGAUAAAAGACAGGUCAAAAAGGUUAACGAGUCUGGCUGUUAACUGAAAGGUUGGUGGUUCAAGCCCCCCCAGGGAGGCUGGGUUUUGUGCUUAAGUAUCCAGGCAACAUCAGGAGCAAGGGUCAGAGAAACCAGGAGCAAAAGUAACACUGUGACAGCAGUUUGGCCAAAUGAAUGGGACACAUCAUCAGUAGCGGUAUAUCCUUCUGUCAUAGUUGAAUAGUAAAUAUUAAUAGGUUAUCUAGCUACUUAGUUGUACCUCGAUAAUGACCAAUGCUGGGUCUCUGUAAAUAUUAUUUUAACGUACAGUCUAGAUUUGCUCUUAUGAAAAGUGCAAUGAGAUAACUUCUGUUGUGAAUUGGUGCUCAAUAAAAAAUAACUGAAUUCAA